AUGCCUACUCCUUGGUUUAUCUGCGUCCUCGUCCUGCUUUCCAUACGCGCCUCGGCCGGUCUGAGCCAACCGGCUGGGCCACUCUAUGCGCGUCAGAUCGAUCAGAACGAUAAACAUUACUACCUCGGCUAUAAGGGCCCGGACUACAGGACGCCAUGGGCCAAGUAUUUCAACGAUACGCAACCCGUUAAGAGCGCCGAGAUGAUCUCAGGUCUUCAGGAGUCGCCCUAUCCUGGGAGUCUCGCAGUCAAAAUAACGGCUGGUCCGCAAGCGCUGAACGCACCAGGUUACGCGAGGCUAGAGAACGGGUAUUCGUUUCUGCCGGAUGGGUCGUUGACGUUAAAUAUUCGCUUUGAUGUCCCCGGCAACGUUACAGGGGAAAUGUUGGGCUUCUGGUUUUCCUGGCAUAUAAACGAUACUCGCAAGUACAAGCUCUGGAAUCCGGAGGCUCACCAAUAUGCUGCCAUUAAUCUUUUCCCGGAGAAGGCAGUACAACCAGCAUAUACCGGCCGGUACUGGAAUGUCACCUCCUUUGUUGAUGAAUAUAUCGGGAUAACACCCUACAAACCGUCCAUCGGGCUCUUCGAUCCGGAACUGAUGGGGUUUUCGAACACGAAUAAGCAAUCUGGGGUCCUCGGAAUGAUAUCUGCAUUUGUUUCACUCCUGAGCUACCACGAGCAAGACGAGCCCGAAGAGGCCAAACACGGUCUCACUCCCCUCUCCGCCGUGCUGGUGCAUCAGCUCCGGGCAAGGCCCGAUGGGCGCGGGAACGAGGUUCGCUCUCGAUUUUGGUUUGGAAAUAUCUUGGUCCUGGGUAUGUCCGUGGCUGGUGGACCAGAAAAGCUGGCCCACGAUCUGUCGGCGCAUUGUUUUAACGAGAUGAGUCACUUGAACACUUUUCUGCCGGACUUGUUCAAUGAGUUCCGACAAGACGUUGCCACUGGCUAUUGA